CAGCAAUAUUCUACUCACACGGAUGUUUACCACAAUUUUCCAUAUUUAGUGGCCAUAGAUAAACAUUAGGAGAAAUUAAGAUUUAAAAUCAGUUUUCUAUUUUAUUUAAAAGAAACUUCCAGUACAUUUCUAAUCUAAACAGUAUUUAAACCACGAAAUCCACAGAGUGCUAUCAAAUCCUUUAAUCUGAGAUCAAAUAUUGUGCAACCAUUCAUCAUUUUUCUUAUAUUUUAUACGUAAUUCAUUUUUUUCUUUAUUUAUUUAACGCAGGUAAGUCAGAAGCUUAUCAUAUGCCAUUUAAGAAGACGGCAUUAGCUACUUUUAAAUAUUGAAACAAAAGUGUCGCUAAAAGCGGUUCUUAUCAGUUGCCACUUGUCAAUAUUUCGCUAGGUGAUAAAAGCCAACCGGUAUCGGAACGAUCAUUUCCCUUUACUGCCACGAAAGUGAUAGGUUGUUUAAAAAAAAAGAGCUUGAAGAGAUUUGUAGAACAUGGCUACUUUAAUGCUACUUAGCAUUUUUGCGGUGCUGCUGACAGCAACGAAUUCAGUUUCUAUUACUUGCCCAUAUAUGGAAGAUCUAAAACCAUGCACAUGUGGUAGGAUUGCUUAUGGUUCUCUUGUAAGAUGCGCUGAUUUCAACUCUGCAGACGUUUUGGAGAGAGUUUUGAAAAUAAUCGGUGAUUAUGAAGUUCACACAUUAUUGCUUCAUAAUCUACAUAUUGAAGAAAUGUUACCCAUCAACCUUUUCAAAGGUCUGAAGAUCAAGAAAAUUCAGAUAAGUCAUUCGUUUUUGAAGUUCAACGAGCCAGCCUUUGCCGGUCUUGAUUCCUCCCUCAGUGUCUUAAAUGUUGAAACAGAGUCUAUGAUUAGGAGCAAAGAGACAUUUAAAAUAGCAAAACUCUCAAAAUUGAAUGUCCUAAAUGUGCAGCACAACAACAUCAAUCAAGUUGACGAUAUGUGGCUGAAAGAUAAAGUACCGAAUCUUAAAGAGGUAGUGUUAGAUUAUGAUGAGAUACAUUUGAUUCAAGACCAUGCCUUUGCAAGUAUGCCGUACUUAGAACAAAUAUCAUUAUCUGACAAUCGAAUUAAAGAAGUGAAACGAUCAAUGUUCCCUAAUCCUGCCACGCAUCUUUUUAAGAUAGAUAUAAGUUACAAUGAUUUGUCAAGUUUGCCUAAAGAUUUUUUCCAAAGGAUGCCCAGUUUAAAGGAAGUGAUAUUAUCUGGUAAUCCGCUAAGAUCCUUACCUGAAUUAACAUGGAAUUGUGUAUGGGAUCAACUCACAAAAGUUUAUCUUUUCGAAACUGAAAUGGAAUGUGACGAAGAAAUAUCCUGGAUAAAGAAUAAGAGGAAGCCCGAAGAAUUGAAAGGAUUAUGCAAAGGUCCAAAGAACAUGCAUGGGAGAUCCAUUAAUGAAUUAUACUCAUAGGAAAGAUGGAAAUAUUGAUUCAUCCCCACAUUUUAUUUCUUCAUCGGUAUCAUUAGAGAGGAGUUGAAUAAAUAUCUGUAAAUAGGACUGGAAUAUCAUUUUGUGUUAUUCAUUUCUUUUCAUUUGUGUUAUUCUUCACUUCACUUUUGUCAUUUUGUUGAUGUCAAUGCAUGUUGACAAAUUAUUUUUACUCCUGCCGUUAAGUUUUCAGUGUCUUGAGUGUAGAGUAAGAAGAUUAUUUUAUUGCUAGUUUUUAUUUAUUAUUUUACAAAUAAACAUUUUAUAUACUUAU